ACAAAUUUGCGGGGGAAAUGUUGCAGAACAAACCCGCACCGCUUUCUUGCACAGUCAGAGGUGACCGGUUCUUGGCCGGAGUUUCGACUAGCUACGAUGGCAGGCAUGCUCUUGCUUUUUCAACCAGCGUUUUAACCGGCGUUCGGCAGAGAGGAGACGUUGCACGGCUCCGUGGCUGCAAUGACCGCAUGUUUUCGCUCAGCACGACGAAUAUAUCCGAUGUGCCGCUGUUCUGGGAAACUGUCAACCUAGUGUACGAUUCCUUUACCGAGAGCUUCAUCGUGGUCACUGGCGCAUGCAUUCAGCAGCUGAUCCCUGCCCUCCACGGCGAGGACGACGAGCCGCUCGUGCUCGCUGCAGUGGCGGGAGCUAUACUACCGGUCCGUGUGCAGGCAAAUGGCCGUGGUAACGUGGCGCAGUUCGGCAAGCCCACGCAUAUUGCCACCGACGGCAAGGGCACGCUGUACGUGCUCGAUCAGGCCAACAUCCGCAAGCUGCAGCUGCCGGCGGCGGCGCGCUACCAGCCCCAUCAGCAGCGCCAGCGCAUCAACUCCAUGCAGGUGGAGGUCACCACGUUGUCGCAGCAGCUUCCCCCGGAUAUGACAGCCAGCGGAAUGGUUUACGUCCCCGCGGGGGAGAGCCCUGGCGGCAGCGAGUGCCUGAUCCUGGCGGGCACCAAGGGCAUCUACCGGCUGCCCCUGUGCAAUAAUGACGCAGCAAUUGAAGCAGGCGGCAAGGCUGGGAUGCAGGGCAGCGGCAGUGGUGCCGUGGCUGGCGGCACGGGUGGAGCAGCGGAGGCCACCACCGCCACUGGCAGCCUACACCGGUUGGCAGGCAAUAGUGACACCGCAGGAAGCUGGGGAAUCCGUUUUGAUGCAUUUGGUGCGCAGGCCAAGAUGCUCGCCAUCUCCUCCGGCCUUGCACUCACUGGUGAUGGCCGCGUGGUGUUCUUGGACUAUUCCGCAACCCAGAGGGACACGGCCGUGCGGUGCAUACGGAUGUCCGAUGGGCGCGUGUCCACGCUUUACGAAGGCCUGGACGGGCAGUGGCAGUGGCCGUGCCUGCUCCCCAGCGGCUGCCUGGCCAUGACGAGUGGCAAGGACCUCUUCAUCAUCGACCUGGCCCUUCCGCCGCCACGGCCGCCGCCACCGCCGCCCAGCACCGGCCCGCCGCCGCGUAGCCUGGCCUCGGACCUGGGCGCGCUGCUAGACGGCGCGGCGGGCGCGGCCAGCUCCGACCUGACCAUCCUGGUCGGCGGACGGGCCUUCAAGGCGCACCGCGUCAUCCUGGCCGCGCGCUGCGAGUACUUCGCCAAGCGCCUGGAGGAGGGCGCCUACGCGGACGGCGCCAAGCAGGAGCUGGAGCUGCCGGAAGCGGAGCCCGCGGCGUUCGAGGUGCUGCUUCGCUGGCUGUACACCGGCGCCGCGGACGUCCCGGCUGAGCUGGCGCAGGAGGUGGCGGUCCUGGCGGACCGCCUCGUGCUGCCGGAGCUGUGCGAUGCUGCGCAGGCGGUGGUGCUCGAGUCUGUGACCCCUGGGUCGGUUGCGGCGGCGCUGGUGUGGGCGGCGAGCUGCGUGCCUGGGCGUGGCAGCAGCUUCGAGCAGGUGCUGCGCCGGCUGAAGAAGUGGUACGUGGCGCACUAUGACAAGGUGCGGAGCGAGGCGCGCGCGAGCGUGGUGGCGCUGAUGGCCAGCAACCCCGAGCUGGCGAUGGAGCUGCAGGAGGAGGUGCUGGGGGCCACGGAGCGGCGGGUGAGCAAGAAGCAGCGGGUUUAGGUAGCCGGCUGCGCGCAUGCGGGGCUUAGGGCCGGAGGUCAUGGUGGCUCGAGGUGCCAAGGGUGGGGUGUAUUUGUUUGUCCCAUGCAAUGGUGCGCGCUUGUGGUGAAUGUGCCUGCAUGGUCUGGCGCGUGGAGCAGGGAGCAGGCGGUGUCACAGGUAUAACAUCACCGGAGUGUGUGAAUUCUUGGGGAGCAAGCAGUAUUCUUUGGUACAAGCUUCGGAGUGGGAAGUUGUAGAGUUUGGAACUGUACACAUCAAGGAUUGCAGCACAUCCGUACUGUCGCCAGGAGUGAGCACACAUAUACCGGUAGUGAUGCAGAUGGAGCUGUUAUGGAACGCAGGGAGGAUGGAUAUUGUUAUGUGCCGUGCGGGCGCGUGUCUGUCAACCGCCAACUACUGGAAGCAGGAACGGUUCAGAGAAAUGUAAGCUAGUGUGAAUGCAAAUGCAAGACGUCACGGUUAGCAAGGGAUCUGCCAUUGCCCAGAACGUUAGGUUGUGUAUUGAAAAUGUUUUAAGGAAUACAUUGGGGCCGUCUCUUAAAUCAUCAGAUGGUCAGGUUCGUGUUGCAAGCGUUGGCCAGCUGUUGUUGUAAGUGUUGAGCUGAGGUGGUACUAUGUUGUGCGUUUGGGGGAGCUUGAGGUUCAGGUAUUGUAGACGGCCUGAUGACGUGCCCUGUCAGAGGGUAAGGGCGGGUCUCAUGUAC